AAAACCCCACUCUAGUCCUAUAGAACUACUAUUAGGUAUGUGUUUAGUGAUAUUAGAUAUGGUAACAGCCAACGAAUAUUUUGAACUACUAUUUCAUCAUAAACACAUACCAAAUAUCACUAAAUUUGAACCAACAUUUUAUUCAUCAAUUUUGCUAGAAUUGUGUCAAAUCAAUGGCCGACAAUAUUUUUCGAUAUCCUUUUAGAAACUUUUUCUUGGACCAUCCUCCAAAUUUUAGAGAAUACUAUGGCUCAACAUCACUCUUGGAUUGGAUUGAAUCUCCAACUGCUCAUAUCUUCAAAAUCAAUGUUCCAGGAUUUAAGAAAGAUGAGAUAAAAGUGCAGAUUGAGGAAGGGAAUAUUUUGCACCUUAGAGGAGAAAGUUUGAAAGAAGAGAAACAUGGAAAGGAAAUUAUUUGGCAUAUUGCUGAGAGAGGAAAUGGAAAAGAAGAUUUCUCAAGGAUGAUUGAAUUACCUGAGGAUGUGAAAUUGGAUAAGAUUAAGGCACAUAUUGAAAAUGGAGUUCUCACUGUUGUUGUUCCUAAAGAUUCAUCUCCUAAAUCGCAUAAAGUUCCAAACAUUAACAUCAAUAGUAGACUUUAAGGUUUAUUGUUACUCAUAUAAUUGUCUUUAUAUGAAUAAGAAUGGAAAGAAAGAAAAAAAUGGAAAACGAUUGCAUGUUGUGAUAAUUGAUAUUUGUCUUGUUUCUGUAAUAACUUUUGAUAAUAUAUCUGCAUAUAGUUAUUAAUCUUUGAUUAUAGAAGAAGCACUUAUUGUAUUGUAUGUUUGGAAGACAUUAAAAUGUCU